ACACUCACAACUCAAAUGUGUUUGGUCUUUAUUCUUGUAUCUGAUACAUAUAUAAUGUUAUUUAUUCUUUGUUUUUGUAUUUAAACCAUUGUAAUAUUUAUUUAUUUUAACAAUGACAUUAGUAUUGUUGUGACUUGUAAUUUUUUGACAGUAAUAAUGAGAAUUUGUGCAGUGAUGGAAUUCGGAUAUAUAUUUUUGUGUUGUAAUGAUUGGAUUUAAGAAUUUGUGGAAUAAGUGCUGCUGGCGAGUCGGCGAGAUGCACACAGCCAGUAACGAAGGACAGUACCGCGGCGCCAAUGGUGCAACUCACGGGAGAGAUAAGGUUGCCAUAUUGGAUGCUGGAUCACAGUACGGGAAGGUGAUUGACAGGAGGGUUCGAGAACUAUGUGUAGAGUCAGACAUCCUGCCGCUAGACACGCCGGCUUACCACCUAAAAGAGGCGGGCUAUCGCGCUAUUAUAAUAUCUGGAGGACCAAAUUCUGUAUACGCAGAAGAUGCACCUAGAUACGAUGCCGAUAUUUUCAAGAUUGGUCUACCGGUUCUAGGUAUAUGUUAUGGUAUGCAGAUGUUGAACAAAGAGUUUGGGGGUUCGGUUUUAAGGAAAGAAGCGCGGGAGGAUGGACAGUACGAAAUCGAAGUUGAAACAACUUGCCCUCUAUUCAAUCGUCUAGAAAAACUCCAGCCAGUUCUCCUGACACACGGUGAUAGUGUACAGAAAGUCGGUGACCGCUUCAGAGUGGGCGCACAGUCGUCCAAUCAUCUCAUCGCUGCGAUAUACAAUGAGCAGAUGCGUUUGUAUGGUGUGCAGUUUCACCCUGAGGUGGACCUGACGCCCAAGGGCAAGCAGAUGCUGUCGAACUUCCUGUUCGACGUGGCGGGCCUGUCGCGCUCCUUCACGCUGCGCUCGCGCCGCGACGCCUGCGUGCAGUACAUCCGCGACACCGUGGGCGACCACAAAGUGCUCGUAUUAGUCAGCGGCGGCGUCGACUCAACAGUAUGUGCAGCCCUAUUAAGAAAUGCUUUACGCGAAGACCAAGUUAUCGCUUUGCAUAUAGAUAAUGGUUUCAUGCGUAAAAACGAAAGUGCAAAAGUGGAGAGGUGUCUCCGGGAGCUUGGCGUACGUUUGCAUGUCAUCAAUGCAGCACACCAGUUCCGGCAGGGCAGCACGGCGGUGCGCGAGGCGGGCGGGCGCGUGCGGCACACGCCGCUGCUGUGCCACGCGGCCGCGCCCGAGGACAAGCGCCGCAUCAUCGGCGACGUGUUCGUGCGCGUGGCCGAGAGCGCCGUGCGCGACCUGCUGCAGCUGCAAGAGGAGCAGGUGCUGCUGGGGCAGGGCACGCUGCGGCCGGACCUCAUCGAGUCGGCGUCGGCGCUGGCGUCGGGAGCGGCGGCCGCCAUCAAGACGCACCACAACGACACGGAGCUGGUGCGCGCGCUGCGCCAGCGCGGCCGCGUCGUCGAGCCGCUGAGGGACUUCCACAAGGACGAGGUGCGCGUGCUGGGCGCAGAGUUGGGUUUACCGGCGGCGCUAGUAGAGCGCCAGCCCUUCCCGGGGCCCGGCCUCGCCGUGCGCGUGCUGUGCCAGGACGAGCCCUACGCCGACAGGGACUUCGCCGAGACGCAGGUGAUCGUGAAGAUAAUGGUGGAGUACGCGUCGAUGUGCGUGAAGUCGCACGCGCUGCUGGGCCGCGUAGCCAACGCCACGACGCCGGCCGAGCAGGCCGAGCUCAAGCGCAUCUCGUCCGCCGCGCCCGUGGCCGCCACGCUGCUGCCCGUGCGCACCGUGGGCGUGCAGGGCGAUUGCCGUACAUACAGCUACGCGGUAGCAUUGUCGACGGAGCGCUACCCGCCCGACUGGCAGGAUAUGCACUACCUUGCUAAGAUCAUACCGAGGGUCUGUCACAACGUUAACAGGGUUUGUUACGCAUUCGGAGGUCUUAUUAAAGAACAAGUGACUGACAUCACGCCUACGUUCCUUACGCAACAGGUCAUAUCAACGAUACGUCAGGCUGAUGACCUCGCCACACAGGUGCUGCUGUCGAGCAGCGCGGCGACGCGCAUCGCCCAGAUGCCGGUGGUGCUGCUGCCGGUGCACUUCGACCGCGACGCCGGCCUGCGCGCGCCCUCGUGCCAGCGCUCGCUCGUGCUGCGCCCCUUCGUCACCAGCGACUUCAUGACUGGCGUGGCCGCGCUGCCCGGUUCCGACGCUAUGCCGCAGGACGUUUUAGACAGAAUGUGCAAGGAGUUGUUGAGUGUGCCUGGUAUCUCCCGCGUGUUGUACGACCUCACGCCUAAGCCGCCCGCGACCACCGAGUGGGAAUGAUUAUGUACACUUUUGUAUCUUUUGUAUUGAGACAACGGAUGUACAGCGGCAGUGGUCAUACAAAUUCAUUACUAGACAAUUUUUAUAAUCCUACGGGUCAAAAAUUUCUGUUAGAAAAUUUUGUUUUUAGCAUGAGGGUACUUCGUGAAUACUUUGUCGUAAGUGUUAAAAAAUUCUAUUCAAUGGAAAACUAUACACAGGAAUUUUCUAACAGAAAAGAAUGAUAAACGUCCAAAUGCUUCUGAUAAUGUUGUAAACUUACAACUUAACCCAUGUAAAAUAAAUUAGCCAUUGUUGUGUUUGUAAGAAAUGUAAACAAACUAAAGGAACAUCUAUCAUAAUUCAAUUUGUAGACGUUACAAUUCACUGUAAAUUAACUUGAAAAAACAACAAUAUCAGAUUUGUUUUAUAUAAAUAAUUUAUAUCGUUCAAUUUUGCUGAUUUGUGAAUUUUGUAUAAUGAUGGUUUUAAAAAAUACUUGUAGGUCAUAUAUUAUGUUGCAAAUGAUUAUAAAUUUAAUGCUGAUUAUUUCAACAUUCACAUUGUUUUAUUACAUUCACAGUUAUGUAUUUUUUCUUAGUUAUUGGUUACUAGUUUUAUUUUAAACCCAGUUUUAAAUUCAGUUAAUUGGCACAUUUUUACAUAAAAAAAUGUAUUUUGUGUGAAGGAUAUAACAUAAUACUUAAUUAUUAAAAACAUUAAAUGUUCUUGUGAAUAUAUAUUUUUUACUAAUAUUUAUUUUGUUUUAAUUAACAUUGUAUGUGCCCCGAGUUCUAAAAAUUAACUGAAUACUUUUUACGCUUUUAUAAAAUGUAAAGGACUGAUAUGCAAUUAAAAGGCUGACUUUCUACAGGUGUAAAGUUCAUAUAUGUUGCUCGAUGAAAUGUGUUAAAAAUGUAGUUGAACAGGGCAACUUUCAACUAUUUUUUUAUAUAAUUUUAUUGAGUAAAACACGAUUGCAUCUGUCAGAUUGUUAGUUUAAAUGUUCAAUUAUGUUUUGUUUUUAUUUAUAACAAGUUGUUUUUUUGACCACUGUCCCUAAAAUGAAAUAUUGUAAAUAAAUUGGUAACGACACAGAGAACAUGGUAUGAUAUUGGUGUCACAUUAUUGUUAGCUCCACUGAUCUGUUUUGUAACGUAGUAAAUAAUAUCAAGGCUGUGUAAAUUAUUAAAGCCAUGUAUUCCGCACCCUGUGUAAUGUAGAAGUGGCAAUUUUAUAUGGAAUUAUUGUAUUAAAGGGGAAUUUUUAAUUUUUUCACUAAAAUUGUCACUCUAUUGUUAAUCUUGUAUGAAAUCAGAGACAUUGUGUUUUAUGGAAUGGUUCAGUGUUAUUGACUGGAAGUUUCGUAAUAAAAUUUUAUUAUGCUUUAUUUUCA